AUGAUUCAGUUCAAGAAAAAACAAAUAUGCACAUUGCCAAAGGUGCACUGUCCUAAUUCUUCACCAUUACUGCAAAUGCAUAUUCAACGCUCAUGUAUGAAAGGAAACCGAAAAAUAUUGCAAAAUGAAAAUCGAUAUUUGUCAAGAUACUCCACCCGACGAGAAAAGCUGGAAAUGUCGUUGGUGUUGCACUCAACAUUAAAUAUGAAUUAUACUGCAAGGUCCAAAGGAACAUCGAUGCUUCAAUUUCCAAGUUUAUCACAUUCUUCAAUAGUUUUGCCUGAUAGCUACACCGAGCAGAGGAGGGUGGUUUCAAUAAUUGCUACACCAUUUUUUGCAGGUGUAUUUAGCAAUUUGUUGGCUGAAACUUUAGAAGCACAGAAGCUAAUGCUUUCUACUGACAAAGGACACACUGAAAAACAUUCCAUAUAUAUCUUUAUCCUUAGAUUAUAUGGCUUCAAAAUGACCAAAAAAAGAAAAACCCAAAGCCAUGAAAAGGUUUUAAACAGUGAGAUCAUGUAUCAUAUUCUAAGUCACCAAAUCAAGUUUGAAGUAAUAUCUUAUAGGAAACUGAUGCAAAUCUUGCUUCUCAAUCUCAGGGAUGGUCGUCUAAAAUUCACUAACUUCAACACGUAUUCUCCCAGUUUCACUUUAUCUACCAAGUUAUGCUCAUUUAAAAACAAGGAUCCUCAGUCUUCCAUGGCUGUCUCCGACUGCGUCUGUCAGAUUGUAGGAUGGCAUUGCCUCACAAUUCUAGUUUACUACUUUUCUGCUUCUUCGUUAUCCUUGCAUCAGACUACUUAUAGUGGUAAACGUGAAUAUAAAUUCACUUACGUUUAUAUUAGGGCAGGUAUAACAAGGUGUGCAAAUGCAAAAAAUUUAACCCUUGUCAAUCAGUGCAAAGAAACAAUAUGGCCUGCAAUAAUCACAGGUGGAGGCAACUUCCAUGGUGAAGGCUUUAAAUUGGAAUCAAGCCAAACUGCCUUCUACAAUGCCCCCGAUGGGUGGAGUGGCCGCAUAUGGGGUCGGACAGGUUGCAGUUUCGAUCAAAAUGGCAAUGGCACAUGCCAAACAGGAAGCUGUGGCACUUCCUUAAAUUGUACAAGCCCUGGUAGCCUGCCUGUUUCCUUAGCUCAAUUCACCCUCGGUGAUAAUAUCGACUUCUAUGAUGUUAGUGUUGUAGAUGGCUUUAAUUUGCCUAUUGUGAUUAAACCUGGUGAUGGUAAAGGAAAUUGCAGCACUGCGGGUUGUGAUGGAGACUUGAGGCAAAAUUGCUCAUCAAAUCUAGCUGUUCAGAGCAAUGGGACGGUUGUUGGUUGCAGGAGUGCUUGUGAUGCCUUCAACACCGAUGAGUAUUGUUGUCGUGGGGCGUAUGAAGAUCCUGCUGCAUGUUUGCCAACAAAUUAUACCAAGAGUUUCAAACAAGUAUGCCCCGCAGCAUCUAGCUAUGCUUACGAUGAUCGUGUUAGUAUUAUAACUUGCUCUGCAUCAGAUUACAUGGUGGCAUUUUGUGCAACAAGGAACAAUACAAUUUGCACCUAUCAUGAUGAGAAGCUUGUUUGCAUUAGCACAUCAGAGGGAUUCAAAGCAUUCUUUCAAAGCUGGAGUUUGAUGCUGGCAUUACCAUUGGCUUCCAUUUUAGAAAUUUUGUUGUAGCAAACUCUGCACAGCUGC